AUGCAAGACACCUCGUCGGGAGUUGUUUGGGAAUACAGGACACCUCUUGUAGAACACCUCUUCGGGGGUCUUCGUUUACCUUUUCGCAAGGAGAAGAAAACUGUGGGCGUUACACCAGUGGCCGAUGAAGUUACUGGUACAGUGAAGGAUCAACUGCUACAGGUUGGUUUUGGUGAUAUUGUUCCAAUUAAGCGAGAAUAUUUUUUAAUCGACUUAUUUUACAUCAUCGUUGGACUUGCAAUCACGACAAUGUGUAUCGACCUUGUUGGCAUUCAGUAUAUUCGCAAGAUUCACUAUUUUGGAAGAGCGAUCAAAGAUGCUCGUUACGCUCUGGUAAACGUCGGCGGUAGAAUGGUUCAUGUCCCGGACCUGAUGCGUUAUGCAUCAGUUUUACAACAGAAAUAUGGCCAGAAAAAGCAAGGACGACAAAGUCGAUUGAAAGGCGCUUAUACGCCAGAUGAUUUACCGCUGAUCCGAUACAUCGAUUAUGGCUCGUUCGCCAGCGACGAUAGCCGCUUGCAUUUCUUUGCUAAUGUUUUCAACAAGCCCACUGAACCGAGCGCUGUCUGA